UUAAGAGGAACAUAAGCCGAAGAAAAUGGGUAUUUAAUAACUCAUACAAGAUCAGCACAAACGCAGAUCAUCAUCAUCAUCAUCAUCAUCAUCUACAUUCGAGAGUAGUCGCCUGUCACUAGUUCUCACUUCUCAGUGUAAUCGUAAAUAUAGCAAGAGAAAAGGAAGGAUCUGCAUAGAAGAAAGCAAAAAAUGAGUUUCAGGGAUGAAAAUGAAGAUGGAAGGGCGGAUAGGGAUCUCAGAAAACCGUUUCUUCAUACGGGUAGUUGGUAUCGUAUGGGUUCAAGACAAUCCAGUAUGAUGACGUCUUCUCAGAUGAUCAGAGACCGCUCUGUUUCUGUCCUUGCUUGUGUUCUUAUCGUUGCAUUAGGCCCCAUCCAGUUCGGUUUCACUGGUGGUUAUUCUUCACCUACACAAACAGCUAUUACUCGCGAUCUUCACCUCUCUGUCUCUGAGUUCUCUUUGUUUGGUUCUUUAUCAAAUGUGGGUGCCAUGGUUGGUGCAAUAGCCAGUGGUCAAAUUGCAGAGUAUAUUGGUCGGAAAGGGUCUUUGAUGAUUGCAGCUAUCCCUAACAUCAUUGGCUGGCUUUGUAUAUCAUUUGCCCAAGAUACAUCAUUUCUGUACAUGGGAAGGUUAUUGGAAGGAUUUGGUGUUGGAAUUAUAUCAUAUACGGUUCCUGUUUAUAUAGCUGAGAUAGCACCUCAAAACAUGAGAGGGGGGUUAGGUUCUGUGAAUCAGCUAUCUGUCACAAUUGGGAUAAUGCUUUCUUAUUUACUGGGACUUUUUGUUAAUUGGAGAAUACUUGCAAUUUUGGGAACUUUGCCAUGCCUAAUUUUGAUACCUGGUCUCUUUUUUAUCCCUGAAUCUCCUCGGUGGUUGGCAAAGAUGGGUAUGACUGAUGAUUUUGAAUCUUCUUUGCAAGUUCUCCGUGGUUUUGAUACUGAUAUUACUGUUGAAGUAAAUGAAAUUAAGAGAUCCGUAGCAUCAUCAAACAGAAGAGCUACAAUUCGGUUUUCAGAUCUCAAACAAAGAAGAUAUUGGUUCCCUCUAAUGAUCGGAAUCGGAUUACUUGUCCUUCAACAGCUCAGUGGAAUCAAUGGUGUUCUAUUCUAUUCCAGUAACAUUUUUCAAACUGCAGGAAUUUCUAGCAGUGAUGCUGCUACAUUUGGACUCGGUGCUAUCCAAGUUAUUGCAACUGCAGUUUCCACAUGGUUGGUUGACAAAACAGGACGUAGGCUUCUGCUAAUUGUUUCUUCUGCUGGAAUGACUAUCAGUCUCAUAGUUGUUGCAGCAUCCUUCUUCAUUAAGGAUUAUGUGGAAGACAAUUCUUCGGUGUAUGCUGCAAUGGGUAUCUUAUCAGUGGUUGGAGUUGUGGGCAUGGUAAUUGCAUUUUCUCUUGGAAUGGGGCCCAUCCCAUGGAUCAUUAUGUCUGAGAUUCUUCCUGUGAAUAUAAAAGGACUUGCAGGAAGUGUAGCAACAUUAUCCAAUUGGUUUAUCGCGUGGGUUAUCACACUUACCGCACCUUUGCUUUUAGCAUGGAGUGGUGGAGGAACAUUUACUCUGUACAUGCUUAUGUGUGCUGCAACGGUUGUGUUUUCGGCUCUUUUGGUACCAGAAACAAAGGGAAAAACAUUGGAGGAGAUACAGUUUUCCUUGAGAUGAUAUGAUGUUGCUCUAUUCUUGAUUUCAUGUUGUUGAUUAAAUAUUCUUUUUGUGUAAUUCGAGGGCUUGUUGUAAUUUAUUUGGAAUUUGUAUGCAAAUGCAUGGUCUUUACGAAUCCCAUAAGAACAUCAUUAUUACAUUUGUUGCAAUCAUGUAAUGUAAUAAGAAAAGAGAUAAAAGAGAAAGGGAAUUGAGAACUUGUUUUUGAAUAA